GCCAGUCCCAGAAGUUCUCGCGUCUCUCCCCGCUCGCUGCGGGCAUCUCUGGCCGGUGAUUUGCCCGGGCGCCUCCGUGCGCUCGGCCAACGGCCUCUGACAGCGCCCACCCGAGCGCCCCGGGAGCCGGCGAGCGGCGGUCCUCGCCAGGGACUUUCAGCGGGUCCAGGGGGACAAAAGUGGCUCUAAAUCCAGCACAUGCAUAUUGAAGCAAGUUAAAGGAUUUAAUAUGAAGCACAGAAACCGAUAAUGCCAUAAAGCAAGCAGUAGUUGGUACACAUUUCUGGAAAAGCAGUUUCCGUGUUGUUAUGUACACCUCCAAAAAAAUUCAGAUCUGUAGGGGAAUUGUUGUGUAAAGUAAACUGAACUACAGGGAGGCAGUAUUUUAAUAGCUAUUAUAAACGUGUAUUUACUGUAUUAAAAAUGAGUAAAAGAACAAGCAAUGACACAUCACUAGGAAGAGUGAGUGGGGCAGCAUUUCCUUCUCCCAGUGCUUCUGAGAUGGCGGAAAUUAGUCGAAUUCAAUACGAAAUGGAAUACACCGAAGGUAUUAGUCAGCGAAUGAGGGUCCCGGAAAAAUUAAAGGUAGCACCACCAAAUGCUGACCUGGAACAAGGAUUCCAAGAAGGAGUUUCAAAUGCUAGUGUGAUUAUGCAGGUUCCAGAGAGAAUUGUUGUAGCAGGAAAUAAUGAAGACAUUCCAUUUUCAAGACCAGCAGAUCUUGACCUUAUACAGUCAACUCCCUUCAAACCUCUGGCAUUAAAAACACCACCUCGUGUACUUACGCUAAGUGAAAGACCACUAGAUUUUCUGGAUUUAGAAAAACCUCCUCCAACCCCUCAAAAUGAAGAAAUCCGUGCAGUUGGCAGGCUAAAAAGAGAGCGCUCUAUGAGUGAAAAUGCUGUUCGCCAAAAUGGACAGCUGGUCAGGACUGACUCCAUGUGGCACAGAUCAGAUUCUGCCCCAAGAAAUAAAAUUUCAAGGUUCCAGGCACCGAUUUCUGCACCGGAGUACACUGUGACACCAUCGCCACAACAGGUUCGGGUUUGUCCUCCCCGUAUGUUACCUGAAGAUGGAGCUAAUCUUUCCUCUGCUCGUGGCAUUUUGUCGCUUAUCCAGUCUUCCACUCGUAGGGCUUACCAGCAGAUCUUGGAUGUGCUGGAUGAAAAUCGCAGUGUGAGAAGACACAAUGAAAUACGUUGUGAAAGACCUGUGUUGCGUGGUGGGUCUGCUGCCGCCACCUCUAACCCUCAUCAUGAGAACGCCAGGUAUGGCAUUUCAAAUAUAGAUACAACGAUUGAAGGAACCUCAGAUGACAUGACUGUUGUAGAUGCAGCUUCAUUAAGACGACAGAAUUGAAGUGUAAGCUGUAUGUUCUCCAGUUACUGGCUGUUGUGUUGUUGAUGGAGGGAUUAUUGAAAUCCGUAGGAGAAACACAAGAGUCGUUGAAGAACCACUGCAGAUCGAAGGAUUCUGGAUGAAUGGCACUGCACAAAAUGAAAGAAAUGAUAAAAAUAAGAUAUUCAGGAAUACCACUGACCAUCUAAAGAAUGCAGCAUUGUGCCUAGAAGAAGACAUGUAUAGUAAAACAAAGUGCUUUUGAAACACCGUGCCCAGAAACUAUAGCUAAGAUGAGGGUUUCUGAGCGUGUGCCGUUGUACUCUUAACAGUUGUAAAACGUUGACAUCAUAUAUCCCAUCAUGCAACAAGCAUCUACAGAAGAUCUACUCUUAGGUUGAACUGUGGUCGCACCUAUUCAUGCAGGCACUCUUCUACUGGCUAAAGAAACUAAAAUAAACGAGCUCCCCCGUUCAAGGAGCUCAGUUCUUAGUGCAAAA